CCAGAGUGAGAUGUGGGCCAUUCUCGGAUUACUGCAACUGGCCGCAUCUGCGUUCUCGUUCGACGCCACAUCCGUCACGAACACUUCAGAGACGAAGAUGUGCUUCACUUGUAGUGUAUUCACUUUUAUCGACAAUAGACUACUCUGCACGAAUCCCGGUACUUGCUAUUCGGACUACUGCUACAGCUACGUGUUAUCCGAUCUACGAAGCAUGUUCCUCUCCGGGUGCGCUGAAGAUUGGUCAGAUUACGGAUUUAGGAGGGAUCGAGAUGAGAGAGUUCUUUGUCACGCCCACGGACAUUUCGGAUUGUGCUUAUGCCAGGCAGGAGGAACACCAUGCAACAAGCACUUCAGCAACGAUACCACAGUCCAAUGGGUAGACUCGGACAUAAUUAUGAUGAAUGCCGUGUCCCACAAAGUUACCGGAUUUACCGCGGAUUAUGCUCGCAAUCGGGUGAUUCAGAUGCGAGUAGAUGGUUACCCGGAAACGUUUCCUGGUCUACCAAUGAACUCUGCAUUGAUCCCAAAUUCUUACUCAGCACUCUUACUUGGCUCAUUAUUUGUAGUCUCAUUAGUAUGAAUUGUUACCGUAAUCUCGUCGCUGUCUACAGCAGUGAUGUCCAGUAAUUUCUAUAAAUCAAACAAGGUAAUUGUGCGAGAAUUAGCACGACCAUUGUACGGG